AUGGCCACCACAAACUCAGUCUUCAUUGCCGUAAUUGGCGCCGGCGGAGUGGGAAAGUGUUUCUUGUCCCAGCUUCGUGAUCUCGCUGUUCGUCGACCAUCCCCAAAGUUGAAUCUCUGCUACAUUGCUACGAGUCGCAAAGCUCUUUACAAUGACGACUACGCGGCAAUCAACUUGGAUACUGCUGUUGAUGCCUUGGCCGCUUCUACCAAGACCCCACCUUCUCUUCCGGAUCUCGUUACCUACCUUACCAAAGCGCCUGGCAAGGCCAUCAUUGUCGACAAUACGAGUUCUCAAGACGUUGCUGAGGCAUACCCCACAGCCCUCAAAGCCGGCGUCAGUGUUGUCACGCCAAAUAAAAAAGCUUUCUCCGGAUCAUAUAAGCUGUGGCAGGAUAUUUUCCAAGCUUCUGCAGCUUCCGGGGCCAAGGUCUACCACGAAUCAUCCGUUGGUGCGGGUUUGCCUGUGAUUUCGACCUUGAAGGAUCUUGUGGAAACUGGCGAUGAAGUCACAAAGAUUGAGGGAGUUUUCAGCGGAACCAUGUCAUUUCUCUUCAACUCGUUUGCUCCCGUCAGUGGCAGCGGCGGCAAGUGGUCUGAAGAAGUCAACAAGGCCAAGGCGCUUGGUUACACGGAACCUGAUCCUCGCGACGACCUCAACGGCCUAGAUGUUGCCCGCAAGCUGACCAUUCUGGCUCGCCUGGCUGGUUUGCCUGUCGAGUCUCCUACGGCCUUCCCGGUGGAGAGCUUAAUUCCCAAGGAGCUGGAAUCUUGCUCCAGUGGCGACGAGUUUAUGGAGAAGCUUCCCAACUUUGACCAGCAGAUGGAAGAGAGGAAAGCCUCAGCCGGAGACAAAGUUAUUCGAUUCGUUGGCAGCAUCGACGUAGGCGCCAAGGAUGUCAAGGUCGGCCUCCAGACGUUUGAUGCCUCUCACCCAAUUGCUGCUUUGAAGGGCAGUGACAACAUUAUCAGCUUCUACACCAAACGAUACGGUAGCAACCCUCUCAUUGUUCAAGGAGCGGGCGCGGGCGGAGACGUAACUGCCAUGGGUGUGACAGCGGAUUUGAUCAAGGUUAUCGGACAGAUUGCCUAA